AUGGGUCAGCUCUUUAUGAUGGGCUUCGAUGGCACGGAGGUCAAUCCCCAGAUCCGAUCGUUGAUCGAGAACUAUCAUCUGGGCGCGGUCUUGCUCUCCGCCAAGAAUCUGAAAUCUGCCGAGGAGGCCACAAGACUGGUUUUAGAACUACAAACCAUUGCGCGCGAUGCCGGUCAUCCAGUUCCGCUGCUGAUCGCAUUGGACCAGGAAAAUGGCGGCGUCAACAGUCUAUAUGAUGAUAUUUAUAUUCGACAAUUCCCCAGUGCCAUGGGAAUCGCAGCGACGGGCUCCAAGAGCCUGGCGCAUGAAGUCGCUGUGGCGACUGCGCAGGAGCUCAAGGCGGUGGGCGUCAAUUGGAUCCUCGGGCCCGUCCUCGAUGUCUUGACGAAUGUGCGGAACCAGCCCUUGGGCGUGCGAACCUUCGGGGAUGACCCUCAGGAGACCUCCAAAUAUGGAGUGCAGCUCAUGAGGGGCUUCCAGGAGGCAGGACUGGUGACCUGUGGGAAACACUUCCCAUCCUAUGGUAACUUGGAGUUCCUCGGUUCACAGACGGACGUCCCGAUCAUUACAGAGUCGCUGGAGCAACUCAGCCUCAGCGCCCUCGUGCCAUUUCGCAACGCGAUCGCCCAGGGUCUAGACGCGAUGAUGGUGGGCGGCGUGUCAUUAUCAUCGGCCGGGAUGAACGUGAUGCACGCCUGUCUGAGUGACCAGAUCGUGGAUGAACUCCUCAGGAAGGAUUUCCAGUUUCAAGGCGUAGUAGUAUCGGAAUGCUUGGACAUGGAAGCCCUGACCCAUAAUAUUGGCGUUGGAGGUGGGACUGUGAUGGCGAAGAACGCCGGCUGUGAUGUUCUCCUCCUGUGUCGGUCAUUCCCUGUCCAGCAGGAAGCCAUUAAUGGCUUGAAGCUGGGAGUGGAAAAUGGUAUAAUUGGUCGACAGCGCAUUGAACAAUCGCUGCGUCGGGUGCUGGCUUUAAAGACGCGAUGUACCUCGUGGGAACAAGCAUUGAAUCCUCCAGGGCUCUCUUCGCUUACACAAAUGCAACCCUCGCAUACUCACCUUUCCACCCGAGCUUACAACUCUUCCAUCACGGUCAUGCGAGAUAAGAACAACCUGCUCCCCUUGUCCAAUGUCAUCAAUGCAGACGAGGAACUUUUGCUUCUUACUCCACUGGUCAAACCCCUACCAACCUCGGCAACCUCUCAUUAUGUCUCGGAGUCUACCCAUGGACCAUUUGACGCUUUGUCAUCAGACCGAGCCUCGUCCGUGCUCCACGGAGAGGGUGUCUUCAAAGAGUUGGGACGUUCACUUUCGCGGCAAAGAAAUGGCCGCGUGUUGCACACCUCCUAUACUUCUAACGGCGUGCGGCCCAUCCACGAGGACCUCAUCCAGAGAGCGAGUGCUGUCGUUAUAGUCACGGCAGAUGCCAACCGCAACAUGUACCAGCAAGGAUUCUCGAAACAUAUCUCGAUGAUCUGCCGGGCACAGGUCACCGCGUCUGGCGAGCGCCGCGAACGGCCAGUGAUCGUGGUGGCAGUGAGCUCGCCGUAUGAUUUCGCCGUGGAUUCCUCUAUAGGUACCUAUAUAUGCACGUAUGACUUCACAGAAACAGCUCUCCAAGCCUUGGUCAAGGUCCUCUAUGGCGACCUUACCCCGUCAGCCGCGCUCCCCGGAUCCAUCGGCCGCACCCAGAAACUUCACCAAUCCCGUCAACACUGGCUGGUCGAGAAUUGGAACGAAGAGCGCGACUCGUUCGCUCUGGAUGUCCUCCUCGAUACUAUCCGAACGGAUUGUACACCAGGCCAACGGUCUGAACUCCUUGGCGCCACGUCUCACGGCUUUCUCCUUCGGAGGGAGGAUGUCGAAGAAGCCCAUUUCGUCGUCCGUAACAGCAGCACGCAUGCCCUCUACGGAUUCUGUGCCACCUACUUCUUCCGCUCCACGGGGACAGGCGUCCUUGGCUGUCUGGUCGUCGACCCCAGUCGCCGAAAGCUCUCCAUCGGUCAUUCCCUUCACAGCCGCGCCAUUCGUACCCUGCUCCAGCGCCCCGGGAUGCGCCGCUUCCAACUCGGUUCUCGACUUCCCGGGAUCUACCUCGGCAUUCCGACCGCCAGCCCCGUCGACCGCAAACGUCUCCGUCAAUGGUUCGCCAAUAUGGGCUGGAACACGGCGCUCUCCCGACCCGUGUGCAGCGCCAUUCUUCGCGGCCUCUCUACCUGGGUGCCCCCGGACGGGCUGACGGCCACCCUGCAGAACGCGGAUGUCCACUACGAUCUCGUCUACGGGUGGGAUUUUGCCCACGCCAUCCUGGAUCACGUGAAGACGUAUGGACGCCAAGGCGUGGUGGAAAUUUAUCGGAUGGCGCUCGGAGGCGCGCCAAAUUGCGGCAUUAUCCGGGCCAAGCGGCCGUCCGACGGAGCCAUCUUGGGCAGUGUUGUGAUCUACAACGAGCGAUCCGCUUUGGCGGAUCAUAUGCCCGUGCUGCGCGCUACGCAAGCUUCGGCCGGGGGAGUUUCCUCGCCGGUCGUCUCCCCCUGUGGGGAAGAGUGUUCGACGGUCCUGCAGGGGUUGGUGCUGCUGGCGAUUAAGCAAAUUCGCAAGUUGAGCGCCGAUGCCGUGGUGAUGGAUUGUGUUGACGACGAUGGCAAUUUUGAUCAUCUUUCGACGAUGGGAUUUACGAUGCUGCACAAGUUCGAGGAGGUGAACUGUGAUGCGGCGACAUGGACGAUGAUGCAUACAUCGUAG